AUGCAUUAUGAGUGCAAUAUCUGCCAAAAGACGUUCGGCCAGUUGUCCAACCUGAAGGUGCACCUACGCACCCACACUGGCGAGCGACCCUUCACUUGCUCAGUCUGCUCCAAGGGUUUCACCCAGCUAGCGCAUCUGCAGAAGCACCAUCUGGUACACACAGGGGAGAAGCCACAUCAGUGUGCUGUCUGCCACAAGCGUUUCAGUAGCACCAGCAACCUGAAGACGCAUUUGCGUUUGCACAGCGGAGAGAAACCCUUCAACUGCAAGCUCUGCCCCGCGAAGUUCACUCAAUUUGUGCAUUUAAAAUUGCACAGGCGUCUGCACGCCAACGAAAAGCCAUUUUCCUGUCCCAAAUGCCGACGCAAAUACGUCAGCCAGAAUGGACUGAGGAUGCACUGGCGUACGGCUGGGUGCUACACGGACAGUGAGCUGCCCCCAGGCGCCUGGAACGACUCGGAUUUACUUGAGCUGAGCGGCAUGCGGUGCUCAGGCCUCUUAUAA